CCUUGUGACUCAAUCGACCGGGUCAAGCGCUCGUGCCAGGGCAUCCUUGACCUGACGAGAUGCUGCGUGCACGCAGGCGAGAGCUAUGGCUCGUCUGCCUGCUUCUGCUCACCUGCGUCAUGGCCGUCAAGCGAGGCGACUUCAAGACUUGCGCUCAGUCCGGCUUCUGCUCGCGACUGAGAGCACUAGCCGACCGUUCUGACGAACACAGUGGCACUUGGCGCUCGCCCUAUGGCAUCUCUGAGCCCCAUUUCAGCGACGGUGUCUUUCGCGCCAACGUCGCCAAUGCGCUGCACAAGGACAUUCGCUUUGCUCUUGAGAUCAGGUUCCACGAAGACGGGAAUGUGAGGAUCCUUAUGGACCAGGUCGAUGGUCUGCGACAGCGCUAUAACGAAGCUGCGCGUUGGGCACUCGAGCAUGAACCUGUCGUCGAACAGGACAGCGCAAAGACGACAGUGAGAAUCUUGCAAGGCUCCACAGAGAUCCUCUAUGGUCCCAAGAAGCACAGUCAAGUCGUCAUUCAACACGAGCCCGUUCUCAUUACGUUCUAUCGCGAUGGCCAGCCUCAUGUCGUCUUGAACGAACGCGGUCUGCUCCAGAUGGAGCACUUCAGACUCAAGUCCAUCAAACAAGAAGGACAAGAAGAUGUCAAGGCGACAUUUGACGAGGCCAGAGAGAGUGAUUCGCUCAAGGUCCAACCUGCAGAUUCGUCGGUCGUUCAAAGUAGUGACGCGCCUUUUGACCAUUUUCUGCCACCCAACGAAGACGGUAUGUGGGAGGAGACAUUCGGCGGACGCCAGGACACCAAACCCAAGGGACCGGAAGCUCUCUCGCUCGACAUCACCUUUCCGGGCUACGAGCACGUGUUUGGCAUACCAGAGCAUGCAGGCCCUCUCUCGCUCAAGACGACAAGGGGCGGCAAGGAUGCCUACACGGAUCCGUAUCGUCACUACAACCUGGACGUCUUCGAAUACGAGUAUGAUUCCGAAAUGGCUCUCUACGGUGCAAUCCCUUUCAUGAAGGCCCACCGCGCCGGCUCGACCGUCGCCGUGUUCUGGCUCAAUGCUGCAGAGACCUGGAUCGAUAUCACCAAGCAGUCAACCCUCAAGACUGUUUCUGGUCUGUGGAAGAAGGCCACAUCGUCCAGCAAAGACGGCGGCCCGACUUCUACCACCACCAGCACGCACUGGAUGUCCGAGUCUGGCAUCCUCGAUCUCUUCGUCUUUCUCGGUCCGACGAGCGAUGAUGUCUUCUCACAGUACUCUGCUUUGACAGGCACAACGGCUCUACCGCAGCUGUUUGCAAUUGCUUAUCACCAAUGCCGCUGGAACUAUCAAACGCAGGAAGAUGUCUUAGAAGUAUCUGCCAAAUUUGACGAACAUGACAUCCCCAUGGAUGUCAUCUGGCUAGAUAUCGAAUACGCAGAGGAUCACAAAUACUUUAUCUGGGACAAACGCUACUUUUCCGAGCCAGAGAAGAUGCAGGAUGAGCUAGCUGCCAGAGGUCGGCAGCUCGUGGCGAUCGUCGAUCCUCACAUCAAGCGUGUAGACUCUUUGCAUGUCUACAAGGAAGCGAAACAGCUCGACAUUCUCUACAAGACUGCUGAUAACCGCGAAUACGAGGGAUGGUGCUGGACUGGCUCGAGCUCAUGGGUCGACUUUUUCAAUCCCAAGUCGUGGGACUGGUGGCACGGCCUCUUCAAGUUCGACGUCUUCGUGGGCUCAAGGAAGAAUCUCUUCGUCUGGAACGAUAUGAAUGAGCCAUCGGUCUUCAACGGGCCAGAGAUUACCGCGCCAAAGGAUAACAUCCACUUUGGCGGCUGGGAACAUCGGGACGUGCAUAACAUCAAUGGCAUGAUUUUUCAGAACGUUACUGCCGGUGCAUUGACAAGACGAGAGAGUCCUGCUCGUCGGCCCUUCGUUCUUUCGCGAUCGUUCUACGCGGGCUCUCAGAGAUAUGGCGCCAUCUGGACAGGGGAUAAUCUCGGCACCUGGGAGCACCUUGCCAGCGCGAUACCUAUGAUUCUCAGUAACAGUAUCGCCGGCAUGGCCUGGAGCGGCGCUGACGUCGGCGGCUUCUUCGGCAAUCCCUCCCAUGAGCUGCUAGUACGCUGGUAUCAGUCCGGCGCAUGGCACCCCUUCUUCCGUGCACAUGCUCACAUCGACACGAAGCGCCGAGAGCCGUAUCUAUUCGAUGAGCCUAUCAGAGGCUAUAUCAGGGACAUGAUCAGGUUACGUUAUACCCUUUUGCCCGCGUACUACACCGCUUUCUUCGAAGCAAGUCAGACCGGCAAGCCAAUCAUGCGUCCGCAAUACGUCGUCUUCCCAGAUGACACUGCAGGCUUCGCCGUUGAUGAUCAAUUCUACGUCGGCGAUACAGGCUUACUCGUCAAGCCUGUCGGUCAGGAAGGCGUCACAGAGGUCGAAGUCUAUAUCGCCGACGAGCAGCCCUACUACAAUUACUUCACACACGAUCUCUACUUCGGCAGUGCUUCGGGUAGCGCCAAGAUAAAGGUACCAGCGCCGCUCAGUACUGUGCCAGCUUUCCUUCGCGGUGGCUCGAUUCUUCCUAGGCGUGACAUUGUGCGACGUUCUGCUCCUUUGAUGUGGAAAGAUCCAGUCACGCUCGUCGUCGCAGCAGAUAUUGCUGCCACAUCAGCAUCAGGUCAGCUCUAUCUGGACGAUGGCGAUACAUUUGCCUAUCAGCGGGGUGAAUUCAUUUGGCGGCAUUUCGAGCUAGCUCCGAGCAAACCGGGCAGUUCAAAUCUACGUCUUUCGUCUGGCAACGCAGCCACAGAGCGAGGACUAGCAAAGGAUCUGCAAGAGACGAUCGGCCAAUAUGACCCUAGCGGCAACCGCUGGGCGAAGAACAUUUCGGAUGUGCCUAUCGAGCAAAUCAUCGUGCUUGGCAUGGCGAGCAAGCCCAGCUGCGUGCGUGUCGCGGGACAAUCGAAUGGACUUGCAUUCGAUUGGGCCGACGGCGUUGCAGCUACAGCGGGCAGACGAAGAGGCGGCUUAGGGAAGACGGCCACCAAGCUCAUCAUACACAACGCUGCUGUCCCCGUCACUUCAGACUGGUCAAUUGACAUCGAAGUCGGCAGCAAAGAGUGUGCAAGCGGAGAUACUAAACCGAGCCGAGGCAGUACAUCUGCUUCGCCAAACUGUCCGACAGGUCAGUUUCAGUGCCGCAAUGAAGGACAUGUGCCUUCAUGCUUAUUGCUAUCGCGUUUCAACGAUGGAAUCUGCGAUCCGGAGUGCUGUGAUGGAUCAGACGAGACUGACGGCAAGGUCAACUGUCCCAACGUCUGCAAGCAAGCAGGCGCCGAGUAUCGCAAGAAGUUGGACGAAGCGUCGCGCAAGUUCAGAGUCGGUGCAAAGGUCCGAUCGGACUGGAUCAGUGCAGGCGACAAAGAGCGGCAGCGGCUGAACAGAGAGCUAGCGAAGCUACAGGGCGACGUAGCUGAUCUGACGGUUCGCGAGAAUCAGGCCAAGGCUGCCCUCGAGCGGGCCGAAUCGACUGAUAAGGUCGAGAUCGAGCGCAAAAAGGGCAGCGAGCUCUACAAAAAGCUUGAAAGCUACAAGGAUACCUUGGCUGCGCUGAAAGCAGAGCGCGCGCAGCUCUCUGAGAAGCUGAAGGAGCUCGGAGAUUUAAUGGCGACGCUCAAAGUUGGCUUCAACCCGAACUAUCAGGACAUGGCCGUGCUUGCCGCUGUACGCGGCUACAAGACCUACCUGCAAAGAUAUGGCUUCCCAGACGACGGGGACGAGGCGCAGGCCCUUCAGGCUGCAGAAGAUGCCGACCCGGUGGAUAUCAUUGAAGCCGCGCGGCAAGUCUCCGACGAUGAGAUUGCCGAGCUCGAGGAUCUCGACAGCCUGACACUCAUGGAAACGGCAAGCGAUGAUACGCUCUCGCGAGCUGCCACACCCGAUCCUCUUGGUUUGUUAUUCCAGAUCGAAGCCUACCUACCAGAGACAUUCAAGGAGAGCUACCACAGCUUCCGCGAAUCGUUCGUCAGCGCACUCAAGAUUCUCGGCGUUAUCUCUGAUCGGGUGGCGACUACACCUGCCGAUGGGCUACAUGUGACGAAAGCCAGAGCCGCCUUUAGCGACGCGCAAAGCGCAUUGUCGGACUCGCAACGCAAAUUAGACAGCAUCAAAGAUACGCUCGCAACUGAUUAUGGGCGCGAGUGGGAGUUCAAAAAGCUCGACAAGGAGUGCAUCUCCAAGGAGUUCGGCGAAUAUACAUACGAGCUCUGCUUCUUUGGCGAGACGAAGCAAAAGGGUAGCUCGGGUUCUGUCAGCUUAGGGAAAUUUGCAUCUUGGAACACAACUGCCGAGGCCGACAGCGACCUGUUCUACUCACGACAGAUUUACGACGCCGGUACGGUCUGCUGGAACGGCCCGGCUCGCUCGACCAGGGUGGAUCUGAGUUGCGGUACCGCGAACGCACUCACUUCUGUCGCCGAACUCGAAAAAUGCGUGUACUCCUUCAAAGUGACUACACCAGCGGCAUGCUACCCGGGUCUAGCACCACGCUCGCUUCGCGGUUGUCAACAGCUGAGCCCACCUUGCAGCAAUUAUACGCAAGGCCCCUCCGAAACUGCUUCAAUGGAUAGCAUGAGCAGCACGAGCACGAGCACCCCGCAGCAGCAGCAGCAGCAGCAGCAGCACGGCUUGCAACAAAGCACAAUCAAUAAGCGCAUUGGCGGAAGCGAUCAGGCUCUGAGAGCUGCAGAACCAGCGUAUUCGCAAAAUAACCCAGACGGCGAUGGCCGCCGGUCUUCAGUGUCCGAAGCCGUGCCAGCUGAAUCGCCAGGGCGCACCUCGCCAGAAGUUUUACGAGGGGGCGGAGACGAGCAUUCGCAGCAUCAGAAUUCACUUCCACCAUUGAGGCCGUAUGAUCCGCGUUCUCAGCUAGCCUCGCCUGCUGCAAACGGCUACCCUGUCCUGAGCGACCAGCAUUCGGACUUUCGUCGCUUCGGCCCAGCCGCAAGCUCGUUUGAUCUCUCACAGCAUAGCCAAGCGUUUGGUCACCAGCCGUUAGCGUCUGUACGCGCACAGCAGGUAGCCCAAUUGCAGGGCAUGAAGCGCAAGACAGACCAGGAAGGCGAGAUGGACGUUGAGCAGGCUCUCGGCAAACGAAGAUCGUCUGCUUUUCUAGGCGAGAAUGGCAGGCUGUCCGGUCUGUCGCUUGAUUCGCGAAGAGGCUCUGCCGCAUCUCUGUACAAUGUCACAGACGACAUGAACUCGUCAAACGCGCGGCGGCAAAGCUCCGUAUCGUCUGGCGAGCUCUCCGUCAGUGGGGGCCCUUUCUCUGCCAAUUCUGCCACGAGUAAUUUUGCGUUUCCCACACGACCGUCACAGCCGGCUUCGAUGCCGCCUCUGAACGAGCAUCUCGCAACUUAUGGCUUCUCGCCCCGCUCGUCUGCAUCCGGACUUACCGCCGGUCAGCCGAGUCCUCAGCAGCAGCCCCAGAGGCGGGGCGACUUUGACCUGCCCUCAGAGAUCUACUCUGGCCAGCGCAGGGAUAGCGCAUCGAGUCUGUCGCGCAGUGUACCGCUCGGAAGCUCGACCGCUCCUCCUGUUCGCUUCGAUCCACAGAGCGGGCAGUCGUACGGUCUGGCAAGCAGUCAGCCACCAUACGAUGGGGCCUUCACCGCAACCGCGUCGACAACACCUCAACAGAGGGCAUUUGGCUCGACGGACUCACACCGAUCGUCCCUCGGGUCCACUGAGCCGUCCUCUCGACGGGGUUCAACGACAGAAGGCGGCAAUUACGUGAAAGAGACGCCUUACUCGCGAUCGCCAGAGCUCAGGGUGUCGCACAAGAUUGCGGAGCGCAAACGUCGUAAGGAGAUGAAGGACCUCUUUGAAGAGCUCAAGGACUCACUGCCCGGCGAGAAGAAGUCCAAGUCUUCUAAAUGGGAGUCUCUGACGGCAGCCAUCGACUAUAUCGGCUACCUCAAAGAAGAGAACGAUCGGCUGCAGCAACAUAACGAUCAACUCGUCUGGCAGCUAGGCGGUAGCAGCGGUAUCGCUCCCUACGAUGCCCGACACUCUAUUUCAAAUCAGGCGCAAACGGUUUCUGCGCCCACUACGUCUGCUACUGCACCUCGUGGAUUCAUCCCGCCACCAAUGAAUGGUGCGCGAUAUCCUGCAGUGGGGGCAUCAGCGCAAGCAGCACCGGCUCCGGCACCGCAAGCCUCCCCUGUGAGCUAUCUCAGCGGGGCACCGCCUACAGACCCGACGAUGCGUGCAGCCGGUCAGUACAUGUCUUCACCGUGGAACCCAUACGGCUCGCAACCACCCACAGACGCCCAGACACAUUCCAUGUAUCCACAGAUGCCUCGCGGCAGACCUGGCGAUUUUCACAGCCCGCAUACUGCGCCUGUAUUGCCAAUGGCAGCCAAGGCAGAGGCGAGAGAUUAGGUCCACGCGUUUGGCAGUACACUGCUUGCUGGCGUGUGAUGUGCGAACUGGCUGUCUGUGCAAUCUGUGCACUGUCUUGUAACCCACAUCCACUUGCAUACUAGCCUAUUCCUGCCCUCCGUCUCCG